AUGUUUGAUAUGUCAAAGUCACGGCCAGACAUUCCAAAUGACGCUAGUGUAAUGUUCAUCAAUCCUUGGGCAGAUAAAUCCCAAUUAUCAUCCUUUGGAACAGUCAAAGGCUAUCCUGUCAUGGUACGAUGUGCAAACCUUCCUGUUGAUAUUCGGAAUGGAACUGGAGUUGGAGGAGGUCGACUUAUUGGCUGGUUACCCAUUCCAGACGAGGAUUCAGCCCAUACUCACAAAGCCAGCUACGUUGACCUUAAACGGUUAAUUUGGCAUAAGGCCGUACACAAAAUUCUACAGUCAAUUGAAGCGCCAGCAACCUUUGGAGCUGCAAUCAAGUGUGGUGAUGGAAAGACUCGAAAUAUCUUUCCUCAUAUUCUCUCAAUAUCUGCUGACUACGAAGAACAGUAA